AUAGGCAUCGCCCGAUAUCGAUAACACAUAAUAACACAGUUAAUUAAAUUUUAUUUUACCCUUAAAAAACAUUUAAACAUAGGACAUCCGUGGAACGGAAUCGAAUCGCAGGCGAAGGACCGGAAAGUGAACUGAUGGGCCAGGAUGUUUCCGCGGGCGUUUGUCUUGUUGCUGCUGGUCGCAUUUAAUGCCGGUUCUCCUUUGGGCAAGGAUGACGAACGAUUCCACGAGGAGCUAGUGGUUCGCCCACUGUCCGGCGACCAUGUCAACACCUAUUUCCAGUUCACAACGCGCUGGCACUACGGGGAGAAGGAUAACCUUUACCACACCCAAUUGACGCCCCGCGUGAUUGCUGAGCUGCUGCAGCAGUUUGCGGUCAAGGAGCUGCACAUUGGUCUGACCCAGGGACUGUGGCGCUACGAGACGUGGGGCUAUCCCAUUGUGGAGGCCACCAGCGGUGCGGAGAUGUGGGCCUGGUUCAGCGGCUCGAAUCUGACCAGCGACGAGGUGGACCGCCAAUGGAAGGAGCUUGCCAAUGUCUUCUCCGGCGUGCUGUGUGCCUCACUGAAUUUCGUUGACAACACGAAUAGUAUAGCACCGAGGCACCUGAUUCGUCCACAAUUUAUGCCCGCCAAUGGCCGAAAAUUCGUAAGAUAUUCGACACUGCCGCGUGAGAUUGUAUGCACGGAGAAUCUGACGCCAUGGAAGAAGCUAUUGCCAUGCGGCAGUGCAUCCGGCUUUGCCUCGCUCCUCAAUUCCGGACACGUUCACAACACCAAGUACCAUUCGCUGGGCCUGAAGGUGCGUGUACUGUGCGAGGAUCACGACGAGGACAACUGCAUCGUGGAGCUGACCCAGACGGCCAACUUGGUCUACGAUCUGCGCCUCUUCGAGCUGAGCAACAAUGACUUCUCGCUGCGUCGACUUUUCGGCAUGGGGCUUAAUGGCUUCUGUGAGCUGGCCGAUAGUUCCAAGAUCUAUGUGCAGCGCAACGAGCAGGGCGAGCGCUUUCAACUGGUCCCGGCACCCGUGCACGAGGUGAAGAGCACUCGCGGUGGCCACACCGUCGUCUAUUCCGUGUACGAUAUGCACGAGCAGUUCAAGGAUGCGGGUGAAAGGCUGUUCAAUGUGGCAUGGCUGUCGCCAAAGACCGAGAAUCGUCGGCGCAAUCUGGCGAAGCCAGUCCUGCCGCCAGUGACAGCUCAUCGAUACCUAUUGGGGCAUGGCCAGGAGCGGGGCAGGAUUGUCACGGAGGUGACCAACUCGCACUACGAUGCCCUGCCCAUUAUGGUGCAGGAGGUGAUACCGUGGUAUGUGCACGCCUAUUUGCACACACUCUCCAUCCGAAGGAAGCCGCAUCGUCUUAACGAAUACGGACGCCAGCGACUGCCCUUCAAGUUGCUCCACUAUACGCCGGGAAAGCAGAGGGAACUACCCUCCCACCUGGAGAUUGGGUUCAUGCUGCCCGGUCAGACUUCCGCCCUGAUAACCAUCGAUGUGGAUUAUCUGCUGCUCAAGUGGCUGGAGUAUCCGCCGGAUGCGAAUCAUGGCCACUACAUUGGGGCUGCCAUUGUGUCCAGCCAACUGCCGAUGGGCAGGAACUACACGGCUCUGCCGGCGGAGGGACAUCUCUUCGAGCAUUCGUUCAACGCCACACGACCGAGCUAUGUGCUCAGUUUGCAUACGGAGGCGCUGAUUGUCUCGCUGCCCACGCCGGAUUUCAGCAUGCCGUAUAAUGUGAUCUGUCUGGCCUGCACGGUGGUGGCCCUGGCCUUUGGACCCAUCCACAGUGUGGCCACCAAGAUGAUCAUUGUGGGCCGCCAGACGUCGGCGCCCAAGAACUUUGUGAAGAAGAUAUUCAGCAAGAUUUUCCGCCGUGGCAAGGCGGACGAUGAAGGAGCUGCAGAGACUGAGGGAGCAUCAGCAACGGGUGCUAUGGAAUUUGCUUCCACGAGAGCUGCCAGACCGGCUGGCGGACCAUCGGGUGACCAGCCGCUGCUGGAAGAUCUCGACGAGGAGGAGGAGGAGCAGGACUAGAAGGCGAACGGAACAGCCACGGGAGUCGUGAUAAGCUUCCACUGAUAUACCUUUAGAAUUCCAAUAAAAUUAUAUUACAAUA